AUGGCGACUCCUCUGGAAAGUAGCAUUGGUGCUGCUGUUCAAAUCUUACAAGUGAUCAUUGAUUUGUCCAGUAGAAUCAAAUCUGCUGCCGACAAAAGGGCUCUAUCUUUACUGAUUAGUCAAAGCCAAAACGAAGUCACCUCCCUCAAAGAUAUUGUGAUGACGAUCGGGGAAGAAGAAUCACUACAGACUAAGACUAUCAUCGAGGAAAUCGCAAUAAUACAAGAACUAGCUAUUAGCCUCGAAGACUUGCUCAAGACAAUGGAAUCUGCAGGAUUUCUUGGCAGAUUUAGACAUGGGGAUGAUCACAGAGACGAGCUGAGAACUCUAACGGCCGAAAUCUCGAGAGUGAAAUCGAACUUGAUGAUGAAAAUUCAGAGCGCUCAUGUCGGCUUGACCGUUUCGUCCAAUCAGAGAUUUAUAGUGCAAAUGGAUAAGAUUGAACAGGUGGAUGCGAAUCUGAAGAGACUGAUUUCGGGAUUUGAAGGUUUGAUGAUCAGGGAUUAUUUGCAUGGACGAGAACAAAGCUCUGACGGUACUAUUCUCCUUGACGAGUCUGAUCUAGUGGAUCUCGGAUUAAAGACAAAGGAAGAUGGCCCAUAUCAGGACGGCUCUCGGCUCAUUGAUAACAACAUCGCGAUUGGACAGGCUAUCAUGAUUAACGGAACCAUUGGCAUUGAGGGAUUUGUCGAACCAAAGCACGUCAAAAUCACCAACAACGUUGCCCAAAACCAGGCAACCAUGGUCAAUGCCUCUAUCUCGGAGAAGACAUGGGAUCAGGUCAGAGAGGAGAGAGUCAAAAUGAUCAACCUCUUAGCUGACAAGGGUCUCCUCACUGGGGAGAACAUUACAAAGGCUUUACAGAGGGACCCCGAACAGAAUGUCACUGAUCGUGUGAGAGAGGGAAGAGUUGAAAGAUCUCGAGUUAGUGAGAAAGUCCGUGGAGCAGAUGCGACGAAGGCUGAGACCUAA